AUGGGAAGCAUAGACCGAAGCAAGAGUCCUGAGACUCGCACUCAAAGCGUUUUUCUAUUUGCUCUCAACCGCACCUGUUCUCAUGUUUUAUGCCGUCUACUCUCUGGACAGCCAGGAUGGAUUCAGUCAAAUUACCAUUUCAAGCCUGCUUUCGAUUUCGCCCGAGAAUCUUUCAACUGGGGACCGCUAAACUCAGUCUCCAACGAGCAACGUGAAGGUGUUGAAAAACUUCUCCAGGAAGGGUUUGAUGAGAUCCAAACGGAAUUGGAGGCUGCCGAAACCAAGAAUCUGUCCAUGUUUCUGAAGGAACAUACCUUCUACAUCUGGGAACCUUCCAAGCUAUCACAACACAUGUGGGGUGGACCUCCCAGCCCGUCUUUUACCGUCGAGCAAGAGAGAUCUUCUGUGUCCACAGACGCGCCAAAAACCAACCCAACCAUAUUCCCCGACAAGUGGCUACUAUCGUGGAGACCAAUUUUCCUAAUUCGACACCCAGCCCUCACGUUCGAAUCUUGGUAUAGAGCUGAAAGCGGUGCGCGAUCUAUCGAUCUUGCCGAUAGGUCAUGGGCCUACUAUACUACAUAUCAGUACUCUCGACAGUUGUAUGAUUGGUUCCUGUCAAAGGUCGAUCCGGAAUAUGGACCGGUCGUUGUUGAUGCAGACGAUAUUCUUGAUGGAGAUUCAGCAAUCAAGAAGCUUUGCAACUCACUCGACAUGGAUGAAAAGCACAUUGUUUACGAAUGGGACGUCAUAAAGGCCCCAGAAAACGCUGGCUGUCGGGAACUGAAAUUCAUGAGCGACUAUUGGAAUUCAACCUCAAUUGAUAGCUCAAAGAGUUCAAGGGGCUUCGAUAUGGACAUCGCAUAUAAAAGGUGGGAGAAGGACUUUGGCCCUGAGGAUGCCGCGAAGCUUCUGGUGAUUGUGGAAGAUUCAAUGGCAGACUAUAACUACUUGAAGGAGAACAAGAUGUAG